GACGAGGACCAAAACAUCCACUUCGAACUGAUGAUCACAGUGGAUUCGCGACUGAGCUGCGAUCUGCUUCGAUAUGUUUGGAUGCAUUGUCUCUGGACGUUUAGUUCAAACAGAUGCCCAACAAGUCGGACCGACCCAAUUUGUUUUCAACUUAGCUGAUGCUGACAGAAUUCACCAUGUGGUUGUCUUUUUGACGGGUGUAACACCCUUUCCAGAUGGGAUGGGUGGAGGAGUUUAUUACUGUUAUCCAACUCCUGAAGGACCAACAUCACAGUUGCUUGGAUUCAUUGGCAACAAUAAGCCAAGUGCUAUAUUUAAACUUGCAAAGGCAAGGCCAGAGGAAAGAGUACAGAAUCCGUUUGGAAUGAAUGCUGGCAUGGCUCUUGGUCAGGUGGGAGCUCAAAUUGGCAUCUCAAUAGAGCCCCUGGACCAGUUAGCCCAGCAGACUCCAGCGAGUCACACAACGCCAUCAAACUUGAACUCAUUUGUGGAGUACACGCAAAAAAUGUUGGAGAAUUUCUUCAAUUUUGCUUCAUCGUUUGCCAUUACUCAGGGGCAAAUGACCCCGAACCCUUCUGAGAGUUUUGUACCUUUAAGUGUGGUACAGAAGUGGUAUGAAAACUAUCAGAGGAAAAUGACGAAUGAUCCGAAUUUUUGGAAACGUUAAUGGACUGAAUUUGGCAUCAUCUAGUUCUAGAAAUGUAAGGCAUUGUAGAGGCAGAGAGCGGGAAUGGGGUUGAGGGGUUGAGGUACCCCUUAAAAUAGCUUACAAUAAGUGAUCAUGAAAGCAAAGGAAAGCUACUGUAUAGCUAAAAGAUAGUUAGUGGACCAGCAUACGCCCUAUAGUUGACAAGAGGUUUGAAAUGCCAGUCAUAUUAGCAAAAUGCAGCAUGCCUACCAAUCUCACUUAAAAAGAAACACUUAACGAUUUUUUUAACUCGCUCGUCAUUAAGUAAUUUGCACCAGCGGUUGGUGCGAAACGUGGACAAUUCUCGAUAACAUUUCAAACAAUUUUUAACAAGGGAGGCCAUCUUCUUUGCUGGUCUGUCAGAAUUCUUGCGAUGCCCAAAUUAAGCUAUCAUUGUCACGGAAUUUAUUGCGUUUGUUUUGAUACUACAUCAGAAAAGCAAAAGGAAAGGACAGCGUAGCCGCAGCAGUGUCUUUAUUUUAUUGGAAGACGAACACAUUCGUCUGCCCUCUAUUUUCAUGAACAGUCGUACCUUAUGUGCUUUCUGCGGUAAACAAAACGAGCUGCCAUUGGUUAAGUACUCGACACUCAAUGAGUAGUAGUAAACAGAAGUUUUCUGUGGCGCAACUUUCAAUUGAUUGCCGUGGGUAAUGCAGGACUGCUUUCGCUAUGUUUUACUCUCGUCUAUGAUUGGUAAUGAAAUCUCGCCCCAUCUUAGCUCUCAACCAAUCAGAAUAGACAGACAGUAGGGAUAGACAGUUUAUUUGAAAAACAUUGCAACCAAAGGUUGAAUUACGUAUUCAUUGACAAAUUUAAGAAAUAUAUAAAAAUGGUAACAUACUUAAAAUAUUAAAAAUUAGGUUACAUAAAUAGAGUCAGCUUAUACAAAGCGUGCAUAAAUGAUGAAAGAUAAAACUAUCAUGGCACCUGUUCGCACGAACCACAGGUAAAUUAAAAGCGCGCUUUUUCCUUAAAUCCACCCUGGAUACAUUCCUGGGCGGCAGGAGCUUAUGCAGCUUGUGAUUUGGUGCAAGAACGUUAGAAAAGAGCUUGUUGGAAAUAUUCUCGCGCCACUCAUGCAACGAGAUAAGCCCAGUGCACGAUAGCGCCUCGUGAUAUUCUUUAUCAGGGAAGAUUAUACGUCAUGCGCGCUUCUGGCAUCUUUCUAAAUCAACUGAUAAAUAUUGAGGUAGGCUGCUGUGAAAGAGCGCGUAUGCGUAUUCCAAAACGGAUCUAACACAUGUAAGAUAGAAUAAAACGAGCUCCUUAGACUUAACCUGGGCGCGCUUUAAUUGGUGUAAGAAGUAAAGCCGCUUGUUGACUUUCUUUACUAUCUCAUCUACAUGUGCGUUCCAUUUGAGAUCGACGGACAUCUUAGCUUUAUGAACGUAACGUCAGAUGCAAAACCAAAAGUAAUACUCGUUCACGUGUGUGUUCCCUCGCUUCAGGCUACUUUAAGUGAAUUAUUUCUUUUGUCUCCCCCUUGGCUUCGUGCGAUAUUUACCUCUGUUCCUAUGAAAGUUUAAUUCCUAUGAGAAGUGGUUAGGGACGCAGCUGGGGACGUGGUAUCCUUCUCGAUCAUUUCAUUCGCUCUGUCGAAGAGCUGAAGCACGAAAUGUGAGCUUUACAACCUCUUUAACGGUGGCUAAUUUACAUUAUCAACUCAAUCGAUAAAACCAAAUCAUCUCGUUAAACUCUACCACCAAAGCAGCAUCUUAGUUUCGUUAUAAACUGUUCCCUUUAUUCUUACCAAGAUAGUUUUCAAAUAUCUGUUUUAACAUAUACCUGUAAGUGUAGACAUUUUGGCGACUGUUUUCCAACACCUCAAUGUUUAUUUAAACGGACACGCAUAAAACUUCUCAACUAAAAAUUGCAAAACUUGGAACCUAGCGCAGCAAUCUCUAAGAAAGCAUAAGCUACUACUUUUCUAUUUGUUUUUGUUCCU